AUGGCGAAUCCAGCUCAUUUGAUGAGGCGACAGAGCUCCCGGGAUCUUUAUGCCCAGCGAUCGUUGGAUAGAAUGGAAAUGAAAGAAUUACGGGGGCGAUUGGUGACAAUGGAGAACGGUCAACCUUCUCACCGCACGCACGUCAUGUACGGCGCGACUAAUGAAGCAUUCGAGGACACCAGCCCUAACCGACGGUCUUCGGAGACUCCGACUAGUAAAGGAAGUUCCGGAGAAGAGACAGUGUUCAAACCUGAAGGUGGAGAAUGCGAGAGAGAAUCCUGGGACAGUAAGCUGACAUUUCUCUUAGCCACUGUCGGAUAUGCUGUCGGGUUGGGGAACGUAUGGCGAUUUCCGUAUUUGGCCCAGAAGAACGGAGGCGGAGCUUUCUUGAUACCUUAUUUUGUGAUGUUGGCUAUCGAAGGGAUACCUAUAUUCUACUUGGAGUUGGCUAUUGGGCAGCGCUUGAGGAAAGGUGCUAUUGGCGUGUGGCAUCAGGUCUCCCCUUACCUUGGUGGUAUUGGUAUCAGUUCGGCUGUGGUCUCCUUCAACGUAGCGCUGUACUAUAAUUCGAUAAUAGCUUGGUGCCUCUUUUACUUCGCUCAGAGCUUCCAAGCGGAACUUCCGUGGUCUGAAUGUCCGAAUAAAUACUUCGAUAAUGGAUCAUACAUCACUGAGCCGGAGUGUGCGGCAAGCAGUCCAACUCAAUACUUCUGGUACAGAACCACUCUACAGAUCUCAGAAGAUAUUAAUCACCCUGUAUCAUUUAACUACAAGAUCGCACUCGCUUUAGUAAUCGCCUGGAUCCUGGUCUAUUUAUGCAUGAUUAAAGGCAUAGCUUCAUCUGGUAAAGUCGUGUACAUAACGGCCACUUUCCCGUACAUCGUUCUAGUAAUCUUCUUCUUUAGAGGUAUAACAUUGAAGGGUAUGAGCGAUGGAUUGAUACAUCUGUUUACGCCGAAGUGGCACACGAUUUUAGACCCUGUUGUCUGGCUGGAAGCUGGUACUCAGAUCUUCUUUUCCCUUGGUUUAGCUUUCGGAGGUCUUAUAGCCUUCUCGUCUUACAAUCCGGUGGAUAAUAAUUGCUAUAGGGAUGCGAUUAUGGUGUCUAUGACUAAUUGUUUAACGUCCAUGUUCGCUGGUAUUGUUGUUUUUUCUAUUAUUGGGUUUAAGGCGACGAUGGUGUAUGAGAAAUGUUUGAGUCUGAGGAAUGAUACUCUUCUAGAGACUUUCGGGUCAUCUUAUCAGUCUAUGGUGUUCCCGGAAGAAGGGCAGCCGGUAACUAUAGAUAUGAACGGGAAUCUUACAACCAUAUUGAUGCCACACUUACCUGAAUGUGAUCUACAAAAAGAGUUGGAUAAUACGGCAUCAGGUACCGGUCUAGCUUUCAUAAUCUUCACGGAAGCUAUCAACCAGUUCCCCGGCGCUCAGUUCUGGUCUGUGCUGUUCUUUCUGAUGCUCUUUACUCUCGGAAUCGACUCCCAGUUUGGGACACUAGAGGGCGUGGUAACUUCUAUUGUGGAUAUGAAGCUCUUCCCCAACCUUCGCAAGGAGUACCUCACUGGUGGUCUAUGCCUUAUCUGCUGUCUGUUGUCUAUGGGCUUUGCGCAUGGAGCUGGGAGCUACAUCUUCUUGCUAUUUGAUAUGUACAGCGGCAACUUUCCUUUGCUAAUCAUCGCUUUCUUCGAGUGUGUUGGUAUCUCCUACGUGUAUGGCGUUAAAAGAUUUGCUGACGAUAUUGAGCUGAUGACGGGUCGUCGACCUGGUAUCUAUUGGUUGAUCUGCUGGAAGUAUCUAUCCCCACUGGCGAUGCUCUGCAUCUUGAUAUCAUCGUUCGCUGAGCUGGCUGUGGGUGGCGCAGGGUAUGAUGCCUGGAUAGCCUCGGAGGGUGACACCGAGAGGAAGUCCUGGCCCAUUUGGGCGGUGCUUCUGGUCCUCGUGUUGGUGUUGGCUUCUGUGCUGUGGAUACCUGUUUUAGCUAUAUGCAGAUACUUCGGCAUUCCGAUCAUAGAGGAUGAAGAACGGGCGUGGUUCCCGGCUGACGAUCUCCGCGACUUCCACGGCAUCGAACCCCGUCCCGUCUCAAACCUGGAGACGCUCCUCUUCUGCACACGACCUGAUGGUACAGAGGGCUGCUGCUGGCCCGGCUGCUGUGAAACUGAUGACGAAGAGUAA